GCGUGUCUGUGGUUUACACCAAGGUUCUCGAACGAUGCAACGUGGGUGCAUACCGCGCUGUUGGGUGGUGGUUGUGGUGGGACAAAAUUCCCCGGGUGUUAAAAACGCCUGCACAUGGCACAGCUGUCACCACGUUUCAUCCCCGACUCCACAACGUCCUCUGUUAGGAAGGACGAGAUGCCCAUGGUAUGUGGUUCCGAUGCAGUCAGACUUGGUUGGUGAUGUGCUUGUUCUCAGUGAUGAAUUAGCGACAACUACUCCUCUGUACAGCAUCGCCCCUCUGUUUCUAGAAUUCGGGUCGCCUUCGACAUCAAACUGGAGUGGAAUCCAAGGCGAAACUUAGCGCCGUUGAAACGGAAGAUGGGGGUUUCCCAAAGGGGUCAAGUGUGCUGGGCAUGGCCUGCAGGGGUCCUCCUUCGGGCUCCAGGAGAAAAUGACUGAAGCUGAAGUUUGGGAAAGUUGAAGAGAUUCACCAAUUUCAACAGCCCACCUGGUCUUGGGAGAUGAACAUGGUAUUCUGAAGCUACAAAGACGCCAUUCCCAUACUAUUCCUCAGUGUACCUUACCUCUCUCAUGAAGGCUAACUAUCCUGACUGUCCCCAGAAUGCUACCUGAGCACGCCAUGUUCUUUAACAAAUGUUAUGCGUGAGGAGAGGAGACCAAGACCGAAAGGUACCCCUGAAAUUCACACCAUGGCCCGGUUCCUGGACCCCUCUGCAAGAUCCCCACUCUCACGAUGCCCUGUGCUGGGACCAUUCUCGUCUCCCGCUCCCCACCCUUGCUGCUCGCCCAUUCAGUGGCCAAUGGCAGAUAAAUUAUCUCACCAGGAGGAGCGCCGUGACGGAGCGACGGCAAGCAGCCAGACGCCAGACGCCUCUCAACCUCCUUUUGAUCGCAUCCCCUCAUAAUUAACUUGAUCAUUUUUUUUUUCUCUCUCGCGACGAGCCCCCUUUUCCCAGUUCGUUUGCGAAGCAGGCGCAUCCCAAGCAGAGAGCAACGGCACAGCUUCAGUUCUCUGUCCUGCUGCUGCCACCCCUCGUCGAACACACACACACACACACUCUCUCUCUCUCUCUCUACUUACGGUUACUUCGUCGUCUUCUUUUUCUUGAUUGAAUUAUUGCUUGCUCUCUUUUGUCCUGUUAUUGCCUCUUCUCUUUCUUUCCCACCUACUUUACCCAACCCAACUAAAUUCUACACGCGACCACUGGAACGAAUGCCCAACGGAGCCACGUUACGGAAGUGCAUCUGAUCUCAAUUACCCAAUUAACGUCGUUGCCAACGGUCAAGCCCGGAGCUCCACCAUUCGAGAUUGAGACAACUUGACUGUUGAAGAGAUUUGCUGUUUGCUCGGAUUUUGUGGUCUGAUUCAUUCUUUAAGAGAAAAACAAGCUGCUUUCCAAGCAACCGCCGACUGUUGGAUUGAUCUGCUGCUGCAACGCUGGCGCCGAUCCAAGAUCCCGUUCCAUGAUCUUGCGCGCCUUACAUCCGGGCUGCCACAACGCCUCGAGACGGAUAUAUCCAAUCAACCCCAUGGAGACGACGCGGCUCACCUACGUGCGAUAAAAACGGUUCAGCCUUGCCUACAACCCCUGAAUUUGUUCUUGAUUAUAUCUUCCGCACCACGCCGGCAUCGCGGUCGAGGCAGCGAGAAGCCAGUUUAACCACAAUCAUCCGCUUCAUCCUCUGGUCGCAGGUAGAGGUGACUAGGCGCGCCACCUUCGACAGGCGCGGUAUACCGAGAUGUCGUUGAAUGGAUUGGACGACCCGCGAGUCAAGGAGGCAUAUGAAGCAGCCGUUGCAGAGGCGGGGGGAUGGUUCUUGCUCAAGUAUGCUAGCCGCGAUGAAGUUGAGCUUCUGGGUCAGGGCACCGGCGGGAUUGUCGAACUUCGAAACAACAUAGCAGAGUAUACAGACAAGUCGCCGCUGUACGGAUAUCUGAGAUACAGGCGUCGGAAUGUCAUCAUCAAAUACCUGCCUGAGGAUUGUUCCAGAUUGGUCCAAGCGCGGGUGACCGUUCACUUUGAUUCUGUUUGCGACCGCUUCUCGCCCCACGAUACAGUGUUUGAGAUCACCGAGGCGAAGGAACUGAAGGACACCAAGCUCUCGGCUGCUUGCUCACUCCACGCUGCUUCGGGUUCGACUUCAUCUUCUACCAGUUCGUUGCGCCGAAGACGAUUGGUGGAAAUUGCCGAGGAAGAAGAGGAAGAGGAACGAGAUCGCAAAAGACAAUCGACUGUGCAGGAACACGAUCGCCCUGGGUCUCCGGGCCAAUAUGUUGUACAGCCUCCGGUGAAGCUCAACGCAGAUCUUGCCACGAUACCCGACGCUUCCAGAUUCACCGACGGACAAGAUCCUCCUCAGUUUACGGGUGUUGACAGGCCCUCUUCGCCGGCUCAGUCGUUCGAUGACGCGGGGAGGCGCAUGUCCUCGCUUGACCUCUAUCCUAGCAGCUCGUAUCCUUACCCCAAACCAAAAGUAAGGCUCGGUCCAAGGCCCUCAGCUGAGGCGUCAGGGCGCCCCAAGACUCCUGGAGGCGGGACUGCCAAACUUGUGGCAUCAAUGCCUUCUAGUGUCAAGGCACUGUCCAAGGUCUCCAAGAAAGGUCGUUCUGCCGACGACGAAGACGUCCUGGAAUCGCCGAUUAAGGAGGAGCCGGAGAAUCCGUUUCCAGAUCUGGCGCCAACCAAGCCUGUCGAAGACGAUCCUGCUCGACCAUUGACCAGUAGCGACAUCCCGGCCUCCGCCCCAGCACCAGUGCCUACGGCCACACUUGCUCCGCCAUCAAGCAAGCCGAACACGAUCUCACCCGAAAAAGCACGGCUUUUGAAGGCUAUGAAGCUGCGAGAAAAGAAAAAGAUGAUGAACUCGCAAUCCGCGGAGGGCCUGUCUGCAGGCGAUGUUUCUCCGGCACCCACCACUCCAGGUCUGGCAGACGACAACCACCUCGAAACUCCACAGGAGGUGACAAUGGAAAGCGCUUCACCUGAAGCUGCGGGAGAGGAAGCUGCCGUUAUCGACAAAGCCGAUUCAGGCAUUGAGAUUGAAAUCGUGACUGAUUUGGGCUCUGUCGAUGCUCAGACAGACUCGCACCCUCCAUCGCCCCUGGCCUCUUCUGAUAUCGGUGAUUCAACCCAGGCUUCGUCUCUCUCAGAUUCUACAGACGAAACCAUUCUCGGUAAGGACCAGGGCAAGGAAACUCCCAUUGAAAAGGAGAUCCAGCAAACCGAGACCAACGGUCAAAAACCGGACGCUCUAUCUCUGGAUGGUCAGGCAACAAGCAUCAUUGCACCCAUGGAAGACGCAUCGGCCGUUCUGAAAGAUGACAGCGCUGCCGGAGCGCCCGCAUCCGCCAACACUACGGUGACACAGGAGCCUCCAGUUCAGACUUUACCGGUAUCCCGGUUCUCGGUUGCGGCUUUCCCAGCCGGAGUCUCCAACGAAGACGCAGGUAGUCCCGGUUCUGCAGAAACCGUCAAGGAAGAGCCCUCAGCAACUGGUCCCGAGACUGCACGAGCGGUCGAAAACCAGGAAGAAACAUCUCCAGCGCGACUUCUGCUCUCCAAGUUCUCCACUCAAGACGCCAAACCUAUCGCCAACGUGGAGAGCCAGAUUGACACAGCUACUGUUGGACAGCCAUCCAACAUAGGGUCAGAUAUCACCAACGUAAGAGCGGGAGAAACGCAACCGGUUCCGGCUGUUGCGGAAACUCAAAUCGCAGAAACGGAAGAAGCCACCAGACCAAAACCUGUCCCUGAGCCCAUCAAGACGGGGUUGGAUGCGCCUGGAGCGGACAAGCGGCAAUCGGUGAUCAGCAUGUUCGACAACGAUGGUUUUAUCGAUGAGCUGCAGUCUGCCACGGUCCAACAAGCCACACCCAUUACCGUCUCCAAGUCACCCAUCACGCCAUUCUUCAACGAUGCGAAUUCUAAGAGAAACACCGUCGGAGGUUUGGAUGCCGUGUCGAGGUUUUCGAGGACAGUCUCGAACCCCGUUCGAAGCUCCAUGCUGUCUCCCAACGAGGCCGUUCCAGGCUCUGCCCGAUCUGUCUCGUCCAGUGCCUAUCUGCAAAAGGCUCCGCGGCCCGCGGCAGAUGUGCUGCCCAAGACAGGCAAAAUUGGUUCGAGUAUCUCUGAGCGCAUCAAAGCACUACAGCAGCUUUCAGGGAAAGCAGGGGCCCCUGUGGAAACGGUGGUGGCCAAGGAGCGUCCAUCGUCCACUUUCUUCGCUGUUCGAAAAGAUGGGAAAAUUCCGUCACGGACACCUUCCUUGGUCGAUAGGACGGCUUCGUUGAGUGGAAGACCGACACCUUCCCCCCCCGGAUCUGUGGAGUCAUCACCCGAUGGUGCUUCGAUCAUCAGGCGCGAUAGGUCCGGGUCGGUGGUCAAUCGUCUCUCCAUGUUUGAAGGUGGGAACCCCCCACGGGGCAAGCCGGAAUCGGUUCAGGUCACUGCCCGCAUCGUGCGAGAUCCGACCAGACUGUCAGAGCAGAAGCUUGACCCAGCAGAGUACAACACACACGAUCUUCAGCAUUCACCGCUGAUGGUUGACCUUCAAAAGCGGGUUUCGUUGGAGGUUCAGUCGAGGCCUCUCAGCGCUCUGUCAAGCCGGAUGUCUCUGGACCAUGGACCCCAGAUUGAAAGGAAACAAUCCCUGCUGCAGCGUCGUCUCUCAAAGGGCAGCCAGUCGGCGGCUAACGAUCGUGAGUCAGUUGCAGAUGACGGCCAAGGCGUGCCCCGUGCUGGGAGACGGUCCUCGCUGAACGUGGUCAAAGACUUCAUCAAGGGUGCUAAGUCCCCCUCUACCGACAACCUUGCCCCCUCUCCUGGGCAAGCCAUGAGCCCUGGCUCGAGAUCCUCAUCCCGUCCUCCUUCAAGCCAUCAGAACACUGCGCCUUCUGGUGGCUUUGCGCGUCGGCUGAGCAUUGGCAGCCGUCGUUCUUCAAUUGAUCAGAACGGCGUGCUCUCCCCUGUCCGUACGACUGAAGCCUCGAUUGACUCUGAUGCCGAGAGCAUCAAGAAGAGCCCUGCUAGCCCCAACCUGGGCAAGAGCAGCCGGACGUCCCGUUUCAUGCGUCGCCUUUCCAACACUCUUGUUCCCAACAGCAGAAAGACCGGUCCCCCGUCCAUCUCCCCAACUGUCACGGAGGAGAAUGCCGCCGAGGUUGCUGCUGCCUCCAGGGCCACCACGGCUACUCCUUCCGCCUCGCCAGCUCAGCCAAGCAUUGUUGCCUUCAUGGGAGAUGUCAAUGUCCAGUUUCCCGACAAUCUUUUGUGGAAGCGCCGGAGCAUUUGCCUUGACAGCCAAGGCUUCUUGAUUCUCAGUGCUGUUUCUGGCACUGCCAUGCUGCCCACCAAGAACAAGGCGGCGGGUCUUCUCAAGCGGUAUCACAUCACCGACUUCAAGCCUCCUUAUACCCCCGAUGUUGAGUUGCAGGAGCUUCCCAACAGCGUUGUGCUUGACUUUGUCGAGGGCAGUGGUCUCCAAGUUGCCUGCGAGGAUCGGGCUGGCCAGAUGAAUAUCCUGCAUAUUCUCACCGAAGCCUACCAGAGCCACUCGCGCUAGGGUCACCAUCUACCAUCGCCACACAUCAUCCUGUCCGCACACCUGGUCCUUGCGUACACUUCACCCCUGGGGCCUUUGGACUCCCGAUUUCACACACUAUAACCUGCUAUUAUAUAACUCGCCCCUACGGAUACACCUUUUAUUUUCCUUUUUCUUUUUUUUUCGCCACAGCACAACCAUUACGAUGUUUAGAUCCCCGUCACGUUUUUUCACCUACCCCCCAUUAUUUCCCAAUCAAUGUUUUUUUGGGAAACCCUUUUGUGUACUACUCUACUUGUUUGAUGUUUUCUCAUAGCCUUCAUUCAUGAUACCACCCAUUCUUGCUGUGAGGAGGGGAAAUUCUGCCACACCCGUUUUGUUUUUAGU